AAGGUACUAAAAAUAUUUCAAACAGGACCUGUAAAAAUAGUUAUCUAUUUCCUUACCGUUGAAAAAGUUGACUUGCAUGAUGGAGAAAAAGCCGGAGGCCAGGUCUUUGAGAAGAGAUGUGGUUUGCAAUCCCCAUUCUCUGAAGGGGACAACGUGCAAGAUGCCUUCUGUCUCCCGGCGAGGUCAUCCAAUUCCACAUCAGGUCACAAAUACCAGGAGUCGUGGUGGCAGGUUAAAAGAAUUGCACAUCAGGUGCCUGGCCAGGAAGUUCUUCUAUUUGUGGGUGAAAAAGACUUUUGGGCGGAUUCUUCCUUCUAAAGCACGAUCUCAUUAUGAGCGGAAGGUGCUGCAGAAGACCUUUGGAGAGUGGAAAGAGGAGUGGUGGAUUUUCCAACGAGAGUGGAAACUCUGUGUUAGAGCUGAUUGCCACUACAGGUAUUUCUUGUACAACCUGAUGUUCCAGUCUUGGAAGACCUAUAUCCACCAGCGGCGAGCGAAGAGGAGCAAGUGCCGCAGAGCAGAAAGCCAUGCGGCAAAGCAGAGGACUCACCGGGCCUGGCAACACUGGCUGAUCUACGUGGAAGUUCGUCGGACCAAAGCGCAGAUGCAGGCUGCUUCACUGGCAUUCAGGAAGCAGAGCACCCUACGGGUGGCAUGGAGUGCCUGGACCCAGCAAUUGCAACAGAUCCGAAUUAGGUACGAACUGGAUGUGUCAGCUCUCCAUCACUGGGCCCUGAGCCUGCAGUUUCGGGCGUUUCUGCAGUGGCGGCAGCUGUUCCUGCACAUGCAAGCUAAUAGGCAGAAGGAGGUCCAGGCCGUGAGACACCAUCAGCACGGAGAGCGGCGAAAGUUCAUGAAGACCUGGCUGGUCUAUCUGCAUCACCGCAGACAGAAGAGACGUCAAGGCCAGCUGGCUCUGCAGUUUUACCACAUCUCUCUGGCCCAGAGAUGCUUUUCUGGCUGGCAGGGUGCCUGGGAGCAAAGGAAGAACUUUCAUGCAUACCAAGAAUGCAUCAAGGAGCUGGCAGCAAGGACAACUCUCCGGCGGGUUUUCACACACUGGAAACAUUAUACUGCACUUUGUGCAGAAGAAGCUGCCCAGUAUAGCCUCGCAGAGCAGCAUCACAGGCAUCAUUUGCUGAGCUGUGGUUUCGGUGCACUGAAGGAAAAUGUGAAGAAUUCUCAUCUCCAUAAAAUGAAUGAGAAUCUGGCUCAUCGGCAGCAUCAUGUCAUGUUGUUGCAGAGGUUCUGGAAUCGUUGGCAGUAUCGGGUAGAACAAAAGGAAGAAGAGAAACAGAGACCCUUGACCUCAGUUGCCCAAAGUCAUUUCAGAAAAAUGCUGCUGCAAAAGUAUUUUGAAGGCUGGUUCCAGAAUGCUCAGAGGAGAAGGUCCAAGCAGCUGCAGUAUGCAAAGGCUGAAGCUCAUUUCCGGAGGAAAGUCCUGCCUUCCAGCUUCCAAGCCUGGAGAAGAUUCAGGCAGCGACAGCAGCAGCAAAGAGAGAUGAAGGAAACAGCACUGCAUUUCCACAGGGAGGUGGUGGAGAGGCAGGUGUUUGAUACGUGGUGGCAGAGGAUGCAUCAGCAGCAAGAAAACCAGUUGGCAGAGAGAAUGGCUAUUCUUCACUCUGAACAGCUGCUGUUGCAUCGUUUCUGGUCUGUGUGGCUCACCCGCGUGGCGGUGCGUACUAAGGAGAGGGAGGGAGAAGUCGUGGCUGAUAAUCAUUACCGUCACAGGCAACUGCUGAAGGCUUUCCAGCUUUGGAAGGAAAACGUUCAGGAGCUCCGAACAGAGAGGACGGGUUUGAGGAUGGCUAGCCAGUUCUACUCUCAACAGGUCCUGUGGUAUUCUUGGAGCAAGUGGAGGCAGUAUGUGGCUCGGCGGAGUGCAAAGUGGCAGAAGCUCGUGUGUGCAGACCUGCACUACCGACGCGCCUUGCUGAGCAGGGUCCUGAGGGCCUGGAUGACCUACCAGCAUAGAGUACAGCUUGUUCUGGAACAUGUAGCUGAGAAGGAGAAACAACAUAAAAGGCAACUGUUAAGGCGGGUAUUUCACACCUGGAAGAAACAUUCCACGGAAUGUGUGAUUGAAGCAGAGAAAACAGCCGAAGCGGUUGAGCAUCUCAGGAGAAGAGUCGUUUCAAAGGUGUUGGUGCAUUGGAGGGAUGCCGCGGCCUUGCAGGUUUAUUGCCGACAACAGGAAGCGGCUGUGGUCAUGGAUGCCAGAAAAAAGUUGGAUCGAGGCCUUCUUCGGUCUGUGUUUUUAUACUGGAGGGAAUUUAGCCAGAGGACUUCGCUACAGAGAGCCCAGCUGGAUUGUGCGGCCCGGCAUCACGGGAAGAGGCUGCUGCAGGAGUGUAUGUCCCGAUGGAAGCAACACCAUCUCCACUGCAUCAGAAAAAUGCUCUUGCAGAGGCAGGGAGUUCAGCUGAUGGCUCGAAGACUCAGCCGGUCUUGUUUCUCCCAGUGGAAACAUCAGCUGGCGGAGAAGCAGCGGGAACACCAGGCAACAGUGCAAGCCUUGUGGUUCUGGUCCUUUUCUCUGAAGGGGAAGGUUUUUGAUGCCUGGGGGGGAUUUGUGCUGGAGCAGAGAAGGAAGAGAAGCAGGCUUGAGCAAGCAAUGCAGGCCUAUCAGGCUGAUCUGCUCCAAGAGGGAGUCACCCGCCUCCUGAGGUUCACGGCGGGCGUGAAAAGCUUCCGCAGGCAGCUCCGGGCCCAUCAGCAGGCCCAGGUGGCGGAUCGACUGCACCGGACGGUGCAGCGUUGUGCCGUGCUCUGGAAGCAGAAGGCUCUUGGCAAAGGCCGACCCCGCUUCCCCGGCCCCAGGAAGACCGUGACAUCGGAUGGGCUGCUUCUCGGUGAGGCCGGUGGGAGUCCAGAAGCCUCUUUGGAGUCCGAAAGGGCGAGACCCUCGUGUUUUUCUCGGAAGGCACAAGCUUUGCCAGCGCUGGCUCGCCUGGAGUCGCCAUUCUCUGACCCGAAUCCUAUCUGGCCUGUGCGAAAGCAGCCUCGUUGCCCUGACUUUCUGAUAGCGUCUCUGCAGAGGGAGAAGCUUCUGGGGCUUCCCUGUCCUGGACCAGAGAAGCCAGCGGGACCGUCUCAGAAAACAGCCUCAAACGUUAGUCCUGAAGAGACCGGGAACUCCUCUGCAUCCCCCCAGACCAGGCCAAGUGGCAGCCGUGACUUGCCCCGGGCUCAGGCUGGGAAUUGUUUGCUGGACCCUUCGAGUGGUCCAGGUCCUCUUCCUAAUGCGGCGGGCAGGGUCUGGAGCUCCGGGGACCACAGCGCAAAAUCUCCAGGACCAGAACUGCUCCUGCCUCCCUCCUCCUUCUUGCCUCGUGCGAAAGGGGAGUUAGAGAUGGGUACAACUCGUUCUCUGCUUGCUCACCUGGGGCUUAGUCCCCCAGAAGGUCCAAGGAUCUCUCCUGAGCAGGAGAGGAACCAGCCUGUUUGUCAUUUGCUCUUGCCCCAGGACUUCACAAGAAGGAAGAGAAAUCCCCAGCCUGUCUCUGAAGGGAAAGUGGAUGCCAAGAGAUGGGAAAGCUGUACCACAGAAGGAGAACUAGAGGCUGAGCUGCAAGAGAUCCAACAGAACCUACAGUGCUAUCACGCCAACAAGCAGAAUCUCAAGUCUUGGAAAAGGCAGGCAAAGAGCUUACGCAGAUGGCUGGAACUGAGCACGGAAGAUUCACGGCCUGAGGAACGAGAAGCAGUGCAGCAAGUUCAAAAGGAUCUCCAAAAGAUUGAAUUGCAAAUCAGCCGACUCGCCAAGGAGCUGCAAGAAGAGAGGCCUCAAGUUCAGCAUUACAUCAGCCGCGUCCAGGACCUUCGGGUAGCUUUCUGUUAGCCCCCUCGGCCCCUCCCUGAAGGACCAAGAGUGAUUAAGAUGGUAGCAUCACUCUUGGAGUUGGUCCAAGCACUGCGCGUUGGAAGCCCCGACACAGUCGCAGUCGCUCUGCGCAGGCGGCUCUCUCCUUCUGUAAGCUGCAGCGGAGAGUUGUUUUGUUUUAAAUUGGGGUCAGGUGAAAUUGUAAAAAUAAAAACGGCUGAUAUGUGA